GCGAACCAGACUUGUUCCCACCAUCGGUAUCGACGGCGGCAUUGCAUAAAUCUCCAGCUCUUUCCAAACAUAAUUAAAGUUCAAUAUUUUCCGUGGGAAUCACCAUGUCAAACCGAGAAGUUGUCAUUGUCUCCGCAGUGAGGACUCCCAUUGGAUCAUUCUGUGGAUCUCUUUCGUCAUUGAAAGCUUCGGACUUGGGGAGCAUUGUGAUAAAAGAGAGUCUUGAAAGAGCGACUUUAAAACCCUGCCAUGUGUCGGAGGUCGUACUGGGUCAGGUCUUGACAGCAGGUCAGGGACAAAAUCCAGCUCGUCAAGCUGCGAUAAAGGCAGGACUACCUACAUCAGUUCCUGCAUACGUGAUAAACAUGAUCUGUGGCUCAGGACUGAAAGCAGUGACAAACGCAUAUCUCGCGAUAAAAUCUGGAGAGCAAGAGGUAGUGGUGGCUGGAGGUCAAGAGAGCAUGAGCCAAGCACCUCAUGCCAUUAACAUGAGAAAUGGCGUUAAAAUGGGGGAUGGAGCACUGGCUGAUACCAUGAUUCUUGAUGGGCUGACUGAUGCUUUCAGUAGUGUACACAUGGGGGUCACAGCUGAAAAUAUAGCAAAAAAAUUUGAAAUAGACAGAAAAGAACAGGACGAGUAUGCAGUGAAAUCCCAACAACGAGCAGGAGCUGCCAUAGCUGCUGGUUAUUUCAAGAAGGAAAUUGUACCAGUGACAAUUCCUUCAAGAAAAGAACCAAUCGUUGUAUCCACUGACGAGUUUCCGAAGCCUGCGACGACAGUAGAAACUCUUGGAAAAUUGCGCACAAUAUUUUCCAAGACUGAAGGUACAGUAACAGCUGGCAACGCGUCAGGGAUAAACGAUGGUGCAGCAGCAGUGGUGCUGAUGUCAGCGGAAUCAGCUGCUGCGAGAGGAAUUCCAGCAUUGGCAAAAAUUGUCGCAAUAGCCGAGACUGGAAUCGAGCCUGAAAUUAUGGGGAUGGGACCUGUCUCAGCAGUUGAACUAGUCUUAAAGAAAGCCAACUGGACGAAGGAUGAGGUCGACCUCUACGAACUGAACGAAGCAUUUGCAUCUCAAGCAUUGGCUUGUCUCAAAGAAUUGGGAUUGAACUCAGAGAAAGUUAAUGUCAAUGGUGGAGCUAUUGCUCUUGGUCACCCCAUUGGUGCUUCAGGGGCGAGAAUUCUGGUGACACUUAUUCAUCUGCUCGAGAGGACUGGGGGGAAAAAGGGUGUUGCCUCUUUGUGCAUUGGAGGAGGAAUGGGUAUUGCAUUGGCUAUUGAAAGACAAUAACAAGAUUUUUGUGGCAUAAUUAGUGGGGGAAGAGGUAAAGCGAGAUAAUGAGUUUCGCAAAUUGACUUUUUUCAUAUUUUGACCAAAAUUAUAUGAAAAAGAUGGGGCAGUUCUCACCCAAAAUAUUUAAAUUUUUACUAGACUUACUACAUUUUCCCCGGGAGUUAAAAAAAAAUUCUCAAAGACUGCGACUAGCAAAAUUCAUGUGUAAUUUUCAACAGUUUUUCGUCUUUGUCUGUAGAACUUGAGAAAUCUUUCCCAGACAUUCUCAUGCCUCCACAAAUCGCUCUCUUGGUGGUAUUACUUCAACUAUACUGUGGCUUAAUUUUUUCUCGUUUUUCCAUGACUGUUAUACAACUAUUUAUAACUUUAUCAUAGUUCACUUUUUGCGUCCACAAAUUUUAUUACUGAUAAGAAUGAGUGUUCGAGUUCAAUCAAACCAGACAUUUACGAAUGCUCGAUAUGCUGAAUAAUUAUGUGAAUUAUAUAAAAAUCUCAGGAACUCUCCACAUUCAGGGCUAUUCCAAUAUUAUGUAUUUUUAUACAAAAAAAAAAUAAAGGCAAUGUUUUUUUUACGAGGAA